AUGGCCUCCGCCCAAGUCAAUGGCUUCAUUGGGAUGCAAUAUUCCCGUGAUGGUAGUGACUAUGAAAAAGGCGACUACAAAUUCUUCAAUGAGCAGUACGCGACUUCAUCUUACAUCGAUGUACUUGAUUCAAGCGGGAAACCAAUUCACGAUCUGAAUCCAGCUCACAUCCUAAGACCAAAGGAUGAUGACGACGUCAAGGCUGUCAUUGAAUAUGCGGUCAAAAACAAAGUCGGCAUCGCCAUCAAGAGCGGCGGUCACCAGUACAGUGGCGCAUCUUCUUGUGGAGGCAACAACGUGCAGCUUGAUCUCAGCAACACGUACAAAGACUUGAAAAUCCAUGACGUGAACAUCUCAGACAAGUCUGAAAUUCAUGUCGCUGAUGACAGAGUCCUUGUAUUUGCUGGUGUUAGCAAUCAGCUGCAGGACUUCCUAGCGUACUUAACCAGCCAUAAGCUAUUUGUUCCUACCGGACAAUGUGCUUAUGUAUGCCUUGGUGGUCACGGCCAGACAGGUGGUUAUGGACAACUUGGUCGCAGCUUCGGUCUUCUUGGUGAUUAUAUCGUCGAUAUUCGUUUGAUCAACCACAAAGGCGAGGUCGUACAUGUCAACCAAGGUCGGGAUGCUGAACUUUUCAAUGCUAUUCGUGGUGGCAGUCCUGGAAACUUUGGUGUCGUCACUCAUUACACUAUCUCGGCAUUGAAGGCCAAGAGCUACAUGGGGAUCGAGAACACGAUCACGACUACCAACAAUCCAAAGCCAGAAAAGUUCCAAGGACCUCAUGGAAUCAAAGCUGCCUGGAUUUACAGCGAGAAAGUCCUUAGGAAUCUCUUGAACAUUGUCGCCAAGAUGUCCGAUGAGGGCACCGCACCCCGCGGGUUCGACCUUUGUGUCAAUGUUCUCAGCACGGACUUUGACAUCACGAAGCUGUUUCCUGCUCUGAAAACCGAUGAGGAGUGGAAAGGCGUCCAAGAUGUGAUCUCCAAGUUACCUGGGCCCGUCAAGGAUCUGUUGAAUGGCAAAUUGCCCCCUCUUAUCGUUCUUUACGCUCAAUGGUGUCCCGUUGGCGAUCAGCAGAAGUAUGACGCAAGCGUUGAUGCAUGGUUCCAGCAAUUUCGAGAAUUGAAGUAUUUUCGCAUUCAAUUCGAUGAAAUUUCAGCAGACAUGUCUGAUAUGGUGGGACACUGGUUGUUCCCCAAACGCAGAGAGUUCCCGCGGCCGUAUGUCAAGCGAACCUAUGCCACCAACUCGAAAACUCUCGGCAAAGAUGGUUGGGUUGACACCCUAGUCGAGAGACUCAGCAAGAUCUGCAGUCCUUAUGAGAAGCUGGACGAUGCGAACCAGAAGCCGGUGGAUAAUCCACUGUACGAUAAUUGUAAGAUCUCAGCCCAGAUCCAGUGCUUCGGCGGAGACAAUUCGAUGUUCUACAACAACCGCAACAACGGAGCCGCCUAUAGUUGGAGAGAUUCUACUGUUCUCCAGACUGUGGACUGUUGGUAUCUUAACAGGACCGAUCCAAACUAUAAAAAGUCGCUGGAACUCGCAAACGAAUGGCAACAAAAGAAUGACAGCGUCAUGAUUGGUGCCAACAGCUGCUUUAGCAAAACCGAUAGGCGCGUUCUUUGGGGCUCUUGGGGUGAUUGGGAUAUGGCUAAGCCUGAGGUCUGGAAGACUUAUUAUGAAGAUGAGGCUAAGUAUCAGAGUAUCGGCAAGUUGAACGCCAAGGAUAGUCAGAUAGCACUUAGCCAGGUUAUUCAGUCUUUAUAA